CCGGAGCGGGAAGUUGGCGAAGGCCGCUGCUCCCGCCGAGGAGGAGGCGGCGGCGGGGCGCUGGCGUGCCGCUCAGGUGUCCGCUCCGCCUUCCGGCCUGAAUUUAGCUCCGUGAGUCCAGCGAGAAGGGGACCGCCGACACCUCGCCCUACUGCCGGCCGGAGCGCGACGCGGACUUCCACCGGAGGCGGGGCCCGUCAUCCCGGCGGCGGACCGACGGACCGACGCCGGGGACAGAGGGCGGUGGCCUCGGCGGAGGCGGGCCCCGAACCCCGGCGGCAGACGCGCGGCCUUAGGGGCGAGCAUGAGCCCCGGGACGCCGAAAGCGGGCCGCAGGGGCUGAACCGGGCGCGGAGCGGCCUGGCCCAGCCAUCUUGACUGCGUACAGCGGCCCGCCCGAGAGGAAACUUGCUGCGCCGCCGCCCUAGGUGCCCGGCAAAGUCACCGGCGCGCGCGGAGAAAGCGAGCGAGAGAGGGACGAUGAGCCGGGGGCCAGCCACUCUGCCCUGCGAGGGCUGAGCCCGGCCGGAGUGAGCGGGGCAGACCCGGGGACUGGGGUGCCCUCCGGCAGCCACCCUCGUCUCCCGCGGCGCCGUGAGGACGCGUCCCGCGAAGGGACCAGGCUAUCGACAGACCCCCCAUCCCCGCCUCCGGGAGAGGCGGGAGAGAGCCCGGCAGGGCGCCCUCUCUCCCCUCCUCCGGCGCUCUUGCAGGAUCUCCCAGCGCCCCUCCGCGCGCCGCCCGGAGGGCGAAGGCGCGUGGCCGAGGCGCGCAGCAUGGAGUGGGGUUACCUGUUGGAAGUGACCUCGUUGCUGGCAGCCCUGGCGCUACUGCAGCGCUCCAGCGGCGCUGCGGCCGCCUCGGCCAAGGAGCUGGCGUGCCAGGAGAUCACCGUGCCGCUAUGCAAGGGCAUCGGCUACAACUACACCUAUAUGCCCAACCAGUUCAACCACGACACGCAGGACGAGGCGGGCCUGGAGGUGCACCAAUUUUGGCCGCUGGUGGAGAUCCAGUGCUCGCCCGACCUCAAGUUCUUCCUGUGCAGCAUGUACACGCCCAUCUGCCUGGAGGACUACAAGAAGCCCCUGCCUCCCUGCCGCUCGGUAUGCGAGCGCGCCAAGGCCGGCUGCGCGCCCCUCAUGCGCCAGUACGGCUUCGCCUGGCCCGACCGCAUGCGCUGCGACAGGCUGCCCGAGCAGGGCAACCCUGACACGCUGUGCAUGGACUACAACCGCACCGACCUCACCACGGCCGCGCCCAGUCCACCGCGGCGCCCGCCGCCGCCGCCGCCGCCGCCCGGCGAGCAGCCGCCCUCCGGCAGCGGCCACGGCCGCCCGCCCGGAGCCCGGCCCCCGUCCCGCGGCAGGGGCGGCGGCGGGGACGCGGCUGCGCCCCCCGCGCGCGGCGGCGGCAGUGGCGGCGGAGGCGGGAAGGCGCGGCCCCCUGGCGGCGGCGCGGCGCCCUGCGAGCCGGGCUGCCAGUGCCGCGCGCCCAUGGUGAGCGUGUCCAGCGAACGGCACCCUCUCUAUAAUCGCGUCAAGACGGGCCAGAUCGCCAACUGUGCGCUGCCCUGCCACAACCCGUUCUUCAGCCAGGACGAGCGCGCCUUCACCGUCUUCUGGAUAGGUCUGUGGUCGGUGCUCUGCUUCGUGUCCACCUUCGCUACCGUCUCCACCUUCCUCAUUGACAUGGAGCGCUUCAAGUACCCCGAGCGGCCCAUCAUUUUCCUCUCGGCCUGCUACCUCUUCGUGUCUGUUGGCUACCUGGUGCGCCUGGUGGCGGGCCACGAGAAGGUGGCGUGCAGCGGCGGCGCGGGGGCCGCAGGCGGGGCGGGGGGCGCCGGGGGCGCGGCGGCGGGCGCGGGGGCGGCGGGCGCGGGCGCGGGCGGCCCGGGCGGGCGCGGCGAGUACGAGGAGCUGGGUGCCGUAGAGCAGCACGUGCGCUACGAGACCACGGGCCCGGCGCUUUGCACCGUAGUCUUCCUGCUCGUCUACUUCUUCGGCAUGGCCAGCUCCAUCUGGUGGGUGAUCCUGUCGCUCACGUGGUUCCUGGCGGCGGGCAUGAAAUGGGGCAAUGAGGCCAUCGCCGGCUACUCGCAGUACUUCCACCUGGCCGCGUGGCUCGUGCCCAGCGUCAAGUCUAUCGCCGUGCUGGCGCUCAGCUCGGUGGACGGCGACCCGGUGGCGGGCAUCUGCUACGUGGGCAACCAGAGCCUGGACAACCUGCGCGGCUUCGUGCUGGCGCCGCUGGUCAUCUACCUCUUCAUCGGCACCAUGUUCCUGCUGGCCGGCUUCGUGUCGCUCUUCCGCAUCCGCUCGGUCAUCAAGCAGCAGGGCGGCCCCACCAAGACACAUAAGCUGGAGAAGCUCAUGAUCCGCCUGGGCCUCUUCACCGUGCUCUACACCGUGCCCGCCGCCGUCGUGGUCGCCUGCCUGUUCUACGAGCAGCACAACCGCCCGCGCUGGGAGGCCACGCACAACUGCCCGUGCCUGCGGGACCUGCAGCCGGACCAGGCACGCCGGCCCGACUACGCCGUCUUCAUGCUCAAGUACUUCAUGUGCCUGGUGGUGGGCAUCACGUCGGGCGUGUGGGUCUGGUCUGGCAAGACGCUCGAGUCGUGGCGCGCGCUGUGCACCCGCUGCUGCUGGGCCAGCAAGGGCGCGGGCGCGGCCGGCGCGGGCGCGGCGGGGGGCGGCCCCGGGGGCGGGGGCCCGGGGGCCGGCGGGGGCGUGGGGCCGGGCGGUGGGGCGGGCUCCCUGUACAGCGACGUCAGCACCGGCCUGACGUGGCGGUCUGGCACGGCCAGCUCCGUGUCUUAUCCAAAGCAGAUGCCAUUGUCCCAGGUCUGAGCGGAGGGGAGGGGGCGUCCGGGAGGGCUGGAGAGGGGGCGAGGAGACCGAGUGUUGCGGCGGGGGGGGACACUCGGAGGCAGAGGGUCCCCCCCUUCACCGUGUUGAUUGCUAUUAGCAUGAUAAUGAACUCUUAAUGGUAUCCAUUAGCUGGGACUCGCUUAGAACAAAGUACCUGGCAUUGAAGGCUCCCAGCCCCAGCCCCCGUUCCUCCACCGACGGGCGAGGAAUUCCUCCCGCCAGGCGUUAAUUUGUCUUGGCAGAGGAGCGUGAGCUCUGCUGCCGCGUUUCCAGGACCCAAGGUUUGGAACCCUCGCUGGUUGCCAUUUGCUGAGCUUGAAGCCAGACUUAACAGAUUUCACCUGAGGGACCUAGUUUCCGCCCUCGACUCUCCUGCGUAAACCCUCACCCCUAACACGUCCUAGAGGAGGGAUGACCGCGACCUAAUGGGAUUGCACGGUUUGGGUAUUCUUAAUGACCAGGCAGAUGCCUUAAGUAAACAAACAAGAAAUGUCUUAAUUAUACACCCCAAGUAAAUACGGGUUUCUUACAUUAGAGGAUGUAUUUAUAUAAUUAUUUGUUAAAUUGUAAAAAUGUGUAAAAUAUGUACAUAUCCAAAGAUAUACAGUCUGUACAUUUUCUGUAAAAAGUUAGAGGCCACCCCUGUAAGAACAAAUAUAAGUAUUCUAUUUUGGCAAUAAAAUGACUUUUGAUAAAUGAUUUAAACAUUGCCCUCUCCCCCUGCCUCUCCUAAACUGUUAAACCUUGAAAGUGCUUUUUGCUGAGGGCCCGUUGGAAACACGGACAUUUGCUAGUUUCUCAUUAUGUACGCUGCCCUUAGGCAUGGAGAAAAUGACCUGUUAAACUCUAGUUCCUAAGUCAUUAGCAAAGUUGAAAUAUCACUAUUGAACUGAAAUCACGAUUAAGAUUUUGCACCUUUCCCGAGAAGGUGGUGUUUUUUUAAUGGUAGCUCUUUUCUGAUGCAUGGGUAACAACACUCACCUUAGUGUAUGUAAAUGGAACUUUUGCAAGGCACUAAUUCCACUCCGCCUUGUUAUUUAUCUUGUAUGAUAUCACUAAAGGCUUCAGACUCCACGUUCAUUUCUCACGUCUGUGAUUGUGAAAGCACCUGCUCUUGCAGGAUUGAACACACUGCUGAAGGGUAGGGUAGAGGUUAAUGUUUUAAGCCAUCGAUCACACUUUACAGUGUAAGUCACUCGACAAUUUGGUGGUAGAGCAGGCGCUCUUUACUGGAUUAAACUAACGGGUUAACAUCUUAAUAACCUUCCAGGCUUGUGUAUAUCACAUGUGCUGCUUUUCCUAGAGAAAAAGCUAUUGUUCCUCUGUCAAGACUAAGCUAAUUGAUUUGAGCAGAAGGCUGUUGAAUUAGCAGAAGAAUGCUUUGGCAAUUGUUGAACUUUUUACCUGUCUGCCUAGUGGCUCAGCACAUCAUUCCUUUAAGAGGAACCAAAUGAAUAGGGUUAAUCUGUAGGGAACUUGGUCUUUUGAGUUUGAAAAACUUUGAUCUUUUCUCCUCUCCAAAUGUGCUGUAUAGUCUGAAGUUUCUUUCCCUGCGGCCCGGCUCCUCUUGGUGCAGACCAAUUGGCCACCGCGGAGCCUUAAAGUUCUUCCAUUAAAGGGAUGUGGGACUUUUACUUUAAAAAGGAGAGAGAGCGAGGGAGAGGAAGACUUGUAACAGUUAGUGAAGACCAGAGGCACAAGUGCGCGCAGCCUUUUAAACAGCUUUCCCCGGCAUUGUUAGCCAGCCUGCAGGCAGCUAGGCAUGGGUUGAAGCAUUAUAGAAAAGGGCUCUGAAUGCCCUACAGGUGGUCUGUGCACAUAAUCCCCCAAUUUAAAGCGUUUUCCUUUGCUGGACAAUUGCAUUACAAAACUCCCUUCUUUUUCGCUCCUAAUUGAACCAAUGAACUAUUAUAAACUACAAGUUUUUCGUAAAAAAAAAAAAAAAAAAGAGAGAAAACCUUCAGUGCCUAAAUUCUAUUGACUAAAAUUCUGGCAAGUUUUCUGAACCGAACCUUUUAAAGCACCGGAAGUAAAAGCUUCUUCAGCAGACAUUUCUCUUUUUCAGAUAUUUUUAUUCCUCUUGCUUGUUAUUUUCGGACAGAUUAGCAAUAAUUUAAAAGUAAUUGGUAAGGUUGUGUGUUCAGACUGAAAAGAUAGCCCCAGGUCCCUUAUUAACCUGUCAAUCAAGAUAAGAAAUGGGCAGCUACCCUGCUAAUGAUGGGGGGCAUCAAACAUUGGGGGCUGGGUGGGGACUUGUUCGCUGCAUCCUGCUAAGAAGUUUGUUCUCUUUACUUCUCCUAAUAGGAAUAUUUAGUGGUUCAAAAAUUUUUUUCUUUUAAUGAAUAGGAUGGAAACUACUUCUUUGACUGGUCUUUGUCAUGUAAGAGGCUUUUAAGGAGGGUUUCUCGGGAGAAACAUUUUGCAAAUCCUUUCCAGAGUCAUUCUUGGUGUUAAUUGGAUUUUUAAAAUUAGAUAUACGGGAAGAACACCUACUUUAGCUAUCAUGCCAAUUAUAUAUAUUUUUUAAGUCAGAACCACUGUAAAAUCUUCACCUCCCGGCAGUUUAUAUUAAAGAAUUACUAUUUUGUAACUUGGGUACCAGUGAGUGGCCUGCAUCUAACCCAUGGGGUGGCUCUCAUGUGCUCUGUGUACAUAAACCAGCCAUAAACUUACACUUUCAGUUAUAAAGUUUUAAAGGCAGUUCCCAUAGGCUUUAUCACGUAUGUGAGAAGGAGAGACAGUUAAAAGACUAGUUAGCAUAUUGGUUUCCAAGUUUAGCAGGAGUCUCACUAUUGACAUAUUUUCAACUAUGUGACCGUGGUAAAGGGUCAACUUUGAAGUUUUUUCCUUUAUUAAUUCUUCAGUAUAGCUUUGUAAAAUGCCACCUUUGAUCACUUUUACAAAAUGGCUACAAUUCUGAGGACAGCUCUUAGGAGAAAGCUGCACGUGUCAUCGCAGACGCUGAUUUUAGAGACUGAAAAUGAAAACAGCGCUAGUUCCUUGAACUGCAAAGUUGCCGGUACCCAAAAGGUAUCUAUUAAUGGGAUUAAAGAUUCCAAAUAGGUUUGAGGAGUGGGAAAAGGGAGGAAGAGUAUUUGGCCAUCAGCGUUAGAUGAACAUAGAUGGAUCCCUCACCAGGGCAUGGAGCCAGUGUGAGUUUCUGAAAACCUUGUCAAAUAUGGGGGGACGAGGAGGGGAUAAGGUUACUGUGUGGCUAGAAGAUCAAUGUAAGUAAAGUCUAAUAUGGUUAAAAGCAUUAGAAAACCCAAAGCUCAUUAAAAGUACUUGUGGCAGAAGUUACGUGAAACACUUUCUUUUUGCUUUAUAAUGAACGCAAUUUGAAAGUACCACAAAACAGAGGGGAAAGUGUAUUAGAAGUUUAAGGAGCAAACUUUGUCACCAUUACAGUGACACCUGUAUUGAUGUCACCUGCAUUGAUGACCUUAAAGGUUUCUGUAAGUCUUCCAAGUUAGAGGGAAGGAAAUCGGAUUGCUUUGCCAAAAGAAAAGUCACACAUGGAGCCUCACACAGUUGUGAGCACAGGAUGCAAUUGAAAGCAUAGUUACAAAAUAGUCCCUUGAGAUGCAACACACAGCGCCCGCGGUGAUCAACUUCCACACUUGAUACAAUACUGCCACCUGGCGAUGCUGCAAAGUUCCAGAACCGGAGGAUGGGCGGGCUCCCUCAUUUCAAUUCUUUCAACUACUGAGCCCCCCGCAGUGCAGGCCUGACCCCUGAACAGAAGGCCUGCAGCUAUUUUGUAUUCAUAAUUUUGAACUCUUUCUCUCAAGGAAAAGAUUCCCCAACUGCAUCCAUUUACAGCCCCAAGAGACCUCAGUUGAAUUAAACCCUCGAUACAACAGUUAUGCGAAAAAUCUAAGCUGGGUUGAAAUCCAAUGAUAGGUCUUUUAAAAAAUUGUCUUCUGAGUUACUUUUAUUUCAAGAAUGAGCAGCUCACCAAAGCUUCACCACACCAGAAUUUAGUGGGAGAAAGAAUAAAUCGUGAAGACCAUGUUGGGGGGAGCCAUGCAGUCGGCUCGUUCGUUUCAGUACACGCCUUACCGUCUCCCACCAAGCAGUCCAUCUGUGGAGUCGGUGGAUGCUCUCCAAUGCCGCGCACGAACGCUGCUGGCUUGAGAGGGACGCAGGCUGUCCGCCAUCGUCUAGCCAGGUGUUCGUGGAAGCACACCACAGAAUAGAAACCGUGCCAGGAUACAGGUCAGCCAAAGGGAAGAGAGGGGGAGGCGUCAGCUCUGGAAUAGUUGAGCACAGCAGUAUGGGGAGACCAGGCCUGCGAGGAGGGCGUAUAGAAAGGGACAGCUUCACGAAGCCCGUGUCUGAAGCCUUCUUGCUGCUGAAGGUCAGAAUGAUAGGGCCAGGUGGGAGGGGGUGGCACUGGUCAAGGGGAAGGGGACCAAAGAAGGUCUUAGAGGUCACCUGUGCUAUCCUGGAGUUUUCAAGGGGUUAUUGAGAACCUUGCUGCUCUGUGAACGAGGAAAAGCAGCGUGACCUAAGAAUAUGUGAUGGAACGUGGAAUCAGAAGUUGUGCUGUAUCCAGACCCACAGCCGUUCCGCACGCACACGAAGGCGCCUCAUUUUCAGGCCAGGAAACUGAUGCCCGAAGCGGACCGGACUUGCCCAAGGUCAUACAGCCAGGAGCAGAGCCGGGCUUAGAAGCCACAGAUCCUACGUGUCGCUCCUAUUUCCCUAGGCCUUUCCCGCUGCCCUGGUGUCUGUGUAAGUCCCUGAGGCCACCAACCACCACGCGCAUCCAUCCCUGACAUCAGCUCUCCUGGCCGUGUUCAGCCAGUCCCAGAAUCCUACCAGAGUCCAGGUUUUCCAUGGUCUGGUGCUGACCUACAGAGGAACAUUCGAACACACAGCCUGAGAGGCUGCCCGGAGAGCUCCGGGAACGUUUGCCUCUCCGGCCCCUGGCCGACACGGGCCAGCUCACCUGCUCUGCACUGCCCACAUUCACAGUAACACGAUAAUUGGCAGUGACUGGGAGGAAGGAAGGGGUCAGCGGCUGAUGGAGUCACACCGGGGAGAGGGCCCCAAAGUGGGAGCACCAUGCCCUGGUCAGCAGAGGCCUGGAGCCUCCAGGAAGAAAGCGAAGCCGCUGGGUGCUGAAGAGCCAGGCCGGAGCAGCAAACAGAGAGUGUGGCUGAGCCCCGCGGAAAUCUCCGGAGGGAGAGGACCAACGGGAAGGGAGAUGAACUCAGCUGAUUUAAACCACACGCUCCAGGAGAUGCCCCAAGAGGCUGGUGGUACCCGGAAUGGGGCGGCCAGAGAAGGAUGGAGUGAAGGAGGACCGGCCAGGCAAGAGCAAAGUCAGGAUAAAUUUUAACUAAAUGACCAUGUUUUAAUGGCUUUCCAAGCCUUGGGGAGAACCGUUAUUCACCAAGGACAAAAGUACCUAUUUAUAGCACCUUAUUUAAUGCUCAGGUGAACCGUACACUAAUUUAAAUUAGAAAAACUAUUUCCAACGUUCAUCCUCUAACAAACCUGUUUCUAAUUAACUAACACCCUGGCAGUAGCUCUCACCCCUGCCUACGUGCUAGAGGGGUGUUUCUUAAAAACACCAUGUCCCGGCAGCACCCCAGACCAGCUGAACCAGAACUUCUGGGCAUGGAAUCUGGGAAUUCAAAGUUUUCUCAGGCUACCCCAGGUGAAUGAUUCUCAUGUGUAGGCAGAGUUGAAAGCCAGCGAACUGCAAUUGAAGGUGACGUUAUGAUCUAAAGCGAAACAAAAUACAACUAGAAGUUAACUAAGCAAACUGCUUUUGUCAUCCAAUUUAACUAAUUUAAAUGGAAGUGGUUAUUUUUUUUCACCUUAAGUAAAUAUUUGGGAGAGUACAAGAGUGCCCUCACCUGGUCCAAAGGGAGAACUUCAUGCUACGUUGUUUUGAACGGAAGCUCUCGCUACACAGGGCUGUUUUGGAUAACCAUGCUUUUGCUUUCACUUGUAAUGAAACAACCAAAAACUGGGUACAUGGGGAAUGAUUCCUUUAACCUAGAAAUUAAACCCAACCUGUAAACCUAGAAGGACCCAAUCAUGUCGAUAUAUUAUUAGUAGACGCUAUUGCAAUGAAAGAUACUCUUUUUCUUCAGUAAAUGUUUAUUUAGUAAAACCAACUCAGCUAGAAAUGAAGGUUCAUCCUGUGGUGACCUGACCUGGGUGUGACUUUCCAAGACCAAGUGAUCUGUCACCCUGUAAUCCUAGAGGCAGGCAGGCUGUGAUCCUGAAUGUAUGUCACCAUGUGUAUCUUCAAAAGUAAACUCAUACUAUCUUACCUGAUGCUGGAACUUUGCUUAAGUUAUAGAAAUUUUCGGAUAACGUGUAUUCAGUGCAGAAAUCUACUCUUUCUCCAGGUACCCUGAAAGAAGGGACGAGUCCUUGACCAAAGACCCAGAAAGUGAGAUUCAUUCCGCAAGUAAACUCUGAGGUUUUCCUGAGUCUACCUAACAAGUAUGAUCUUAGAUCUUAACUGUCACACCUCAUCCAAUUUCUGUAAGAAAGAGUCUAAGCAGAGGGUCAUAGGUCAAACCCACAGACAGGAUACAAAUUUUGUGUAAUACCGUUAAAGAGCAUGCUUGGCUAUACUUAAUAGGAACCAAAAAGAAGUUAAUUCCAGGAAUUAGGACACAGACAAUUUUGGGGGGCCAAAAAAGUGGAAGUUGCUAAAAUGGAAGUUGUUAUUAAAAGGAUCUGUUAGAACCAAACAAAAGGUAUCAUUUCAUAGCAUCACUGGGAUUAGAAAUACAGGAUAUAGCUGUAGACACUUAGCUUGUGAAAAUGAACAUAUGUGUGCCCUCAUUAAAAAUACCCUCCUCGAUCCUUGUGGUUUACAUUUUAUUUGAAUCUAUGCACUUAGGACAUUGGUACAAAGAGAAGAGAUUUAUCCCUUGGACCUUAUCCAGUCACAAGUGAUUAUUCACUCAUCUCAUCACCCAGCCGCCCAGUGACCCAAGCAUUCUUUACCCAUGUAUGCUCCUUCGUUUCUGUACCAAUCAAAAUAAGGCUAAGUUUUGCUACAAUAACAGACAACUCCAAAAUCUCAAUGGCUUAAUGCAACAAAAAAUAAUUUAUCAGAGAAAGACAAAUAUCGUAUGAUUUUACUUAUAUGUGGAAUCUGAAAAACAAAACAAACAAAACAACACUCAGAGAUACAGAGAACAGAUGGGUGGUUGCUAGAGAGGAGGGAGAUGAGGGGUGGGUGAAAUGGGUGAAGGGGUCAAGAGGUACAAACUCCAGUUAUAAAAUAAAUAAAUCAUAGGGAUGUCAUGUACAAGCAUGAGGACUAUAGUCAAUAAUACUGUAGUACAAAUUUGGAAGUUACUAAGAAAGCAAAUCUUAAAAGAUCUCAUGACAAGAAGAAAAGAAAACUUGGAACUUUGUAGGGUGACAGAUGGUAACUAGACUUUUUGUGGGGAUCAUUUCCCAGUGUAUACAAAUGUCAAAUCACUAUGUUGUACACCUGAAACUAAUAUUAUAUUGUAUGUCAAUUAUACUUCAAUAAAGUAAUGCUAAUACUUUAUCAUUUGCAC